UCGUUCACCAAUAUCCCUUUCUUUUGUAUCUGCUAAUUCUUCCGCCUUCACUAAUAUAAAAUGUUUGUUUAGAACACUGUUUCAAUCAUACUUGCAACUCUUUUGAGGAGUACAGUACCUACAGAAGUUUGCACCAGGUUUUCCUAUAAAAUAAUGGCGUUAUUAAAAAUGUGCUUAAUCAUUGGCGCAGUCGUCGCAGCUGUUAACAGUAAGGAAACGGAGAAGAGAAGUGCAUCCGAAUGGGAUGUAGCCAGCUUGAUACCUGUUGGUAGUUUGGUGCAAGUUACCUCUGUAAGCGGUCAUCAGGCUAGUGAUUCUAGUUCGGACGUGGCUGGAGCGAUUGCUGCAGCCAAAGCAGCAUCGGCAGCAGUAAUGGCAGCCCAGCGUCAAGUCGCAGCGGCGAAACAUGCGGCUCUUGAACAGCAACGUGCUGCUAGCGCGAAAGAGGCGGAAUCAGCACACGCCGCUCAUAAGAGUGAAGAGGCCGCUAGGAUAGCUCGUGCGCAUGCCUUAGAAGCGGCGCAGGCAGCCGUUCACGCACAGGCCCAGCUUGCGUCAGCGAAAGCGCGUGCGGCUGCCGCUCAGAAGAUCGCGGCAGCGAGGGAAGCCGCUGCAGCUAAAGCCAUACAACGCGCUGCUAAUAACCAAGCUGCUAGAUUACAGAGCGCUGAUCUUGAAGCAUUAAAGUUAUCAGUGCUACAAAGUUCGGGAGCGGCUGGUGCAGCAGGCGCAGCUCAGCAUGCCGCCUCCGCUGCUGCUGCAGCUUUGCGUCCAUCUUGGAACCCUGGAUGGCAAAGCUCUGGCUGGAGUCCUUCAACCACAUGGGCUUGGGCUUGAUCUAUACGUGCAUCACAUCACACAUCACAGAUAUAAUAUAAUGUUCUAUAAAAUGAAAUGCUUAUUCAAAACGCAAAUUUUGCAUUUGAAUGUUUACUUAAUACUUGUACUUAUACAGGUCUACAUAAUAAGGAUUGUUGUACCUACAGGAAAUCGAUUUAGUUGUAAUUUGUUAUCUCGCUUUUAUUAAGAAAUAAAUGUUUAAUCAA